AUGGUCAUUGAAUCAUUGAUCGUGCAUCAAAGAUACUACAAAAAGAAGAAAAUCAAAUAUAUAAAGAAAGAAGGCGAGUCAUUUUAUGACAACGAGAAACAGAACAUCACUACCAAACAUCUCCAGCUCAGUUUCUUCAAAUAAAAACAGUUAAUCUCUCUAAAACAAUUUUUUGUUUUCUCUCUCUCUUAAAUAACCAGAGAGUUCAGAAUCAUUUUGAUUCUCUUUGUAAUCUUUAGUUGUUGUACCUAACAUCAUGGCUGAAGAGGAACCGAAGAAGGUGACAGAGACCGUGUCGGAACCAACUCCAACACCGGAAGUUCCGGUGGAGAAACCUGCUGCUGCUGCAGAUGUUGCUCCUCAGGAGAAGCCUGUGGCUCCACCUCCCGUUCUUCCAUCUCCGGCACCGGCAGAGGAGAAGCAAGAAGACUCUAAGGCUAUUGUUCCCGUCGUCCCUAAAGAAGUAGAGGAAGAGAAGAAAGAAGGAUCAGUUAAUCGAGAUGCUGUUCUGGCUAGAGUUGAGACAGAGAAGAGGAUGUCACUUAUCAAAGCUUGGGAAGAGGCUGAGAAAUGCAAAGUGGAGAACAAAGCUGAGAAGAAGCUUUCUUCAAUUGGAUCAUGGGAGAACAACAAGAAAGCAGCUGUGGAAGCUGAGCUCAAGAAAAUGGAGGAGCAAUUGGAGAAGAAGAAGGCAGAGUAUGUGGAGCAGAUGAAGAACAAAAUAGCUCAAAUUCACAAGGAAGCAGAAGAGAAGAGAGCGAUGAUUGAAGCUAAGCGUGGAGAAGAAAUUCUCAAAGCAGAGGAAUUAGCAGCCAAGUACCGUGCCACUGGAACCGCUCCCAAAAAGCUUUUCGGAUGCAUGUGAUCUCUAAUCAUCUCGAUGGGGAAACAAAUGAAAUAUGGUAUUUGAUGUAAUGACGUUCUUUAGUUUGCUUAAUGUGGGUUUAAUAUGGCAACAUAGAAAGUUAUAAGGUCAACAUCUUAUAUUGAUUGGGCUGCGUUUGUUAAUUUGAUUUGUAUUUGUACAUCUUUUCAUUGAAAGGCUUUCUCUUAGCUUUAUGAAUUGGUAAGUACAAUAAUACAUAUUUGUUCUUUAUGUCGUAAUUUAUGAUCGCAUCCCCCGGCCCCUAUCAUAAAUGUAGUAGUACGUAAGUGGUCCGAUAUGUAAAACGAGAACAAGGUCCCAUAAUUUGAAAUGUUUGCAUCAUAAAA